AUGGCUAUUGUAGAAGAUGAAGUGCGUAAUGGUUCUGAAGGAGAGGACGAAAUAGAAGUGGUCGUUGAAGAAGAUGGAGAUCAGGAUUCGGAUGAUUCAGACGACGAUGAUGAUGAUGAAGAGGUGGAAGAUGCUGUGGACAAAGUUAGUGAGUUGGAAAGGCGGCUGGAGGAGGAUCCAUAUAACUAUGAUGACCAUAUAGAAUUAAUUCAAGCAUUGUGGCGUCUGUCAGAACUUCAAAGAUGGCGUGCUGCUUUUGAUAGACUCCAACAAUUGUCAGUGCUCCGACCUGAACACUGGCUACUAAGACUGCAAACUGAAGAAUCCUUGGCCCAUACAGAUGAGGCCCGUGCUCAUAUUGCUGAAAUGUUUAAACAAGCGUCACUUGAUUGCUAUUCAAUAUCCAUUUUAAGUGAGUGGUACUCAUGGUCCCUGAGCGCGGGUGAUGUCAGCGAUGCGCGUGCACAGUUGGAAGAAGUAUUGCGUCGUGCAGGCGCAGAUCCGCUCUCUGGAAAAGUGUUUUGGGAUGCGCGAUAUGAAAUGGAGAAGGCACAACUGGAGGCUAUGAAUGAAGACGACUCUGAAUACGAAACUCAGAAGAAGCGUGUCCUAUGGUGCUUAGAGGAGACUGUUUCUCGGCCGCUUUUAAGGGGGGAUGACGCCUGGCAAGCGAUGCAAGAACUGGCUCUGCAGUUGUAUGACCAAGAAUAUGUGGAUAAGAUUAAGAAACAACACGACGCCGCUGUUGAAUAUCUGCAAAAAAUUAGCGUUUUUGAAGAUAGGCUGUUGAUAACUGAAGACACCGAGGAGAAGUGUAAAUUGUACCAGGAGUACAUAGAUACAGUGAAGGAUUUAUCCCAAGAAGAGAAGUUCAUAGAUUGUGACAGCAAUGGUAUUCUAAAGGUCCUGUACGACCGUGCGACCACAGAGUGCCUCUCUUGUUCCGCUGCGCUCGAUCUUCUCCAGGCCUUCGCGCGCCACGUGCAGCGGACGUCAUCGCGCGAGACGAUUCGACGGGUGCUGGACGCUUGCGUUCGUAGGUGCCCUAGGAAGGCGACGUUUUGGGUGCUCAAGAUGCAGCAAGCUGAACACGAAGGGAUGGAGUUUGAUGAGGUGAAGUCUGUUUUCGAAACAGCGCUCUCCAAAGGCAUGGACUCGUACAAGCAAGCCGAAACUCUAUGGUUAAGUUACUGUGAGUUCACGCGCAGAAAAACUGCCUUCGACAACGAACCUGAUGUUGAAAGGCUUCGACGUACAUUCCGUUUGGCUUGGGACUCGUUAGCAGAGGCGUGGGGCGAAGAAGCGAAUGACUGCGAGGUACCUUUGUUUUGGGCGCGGCUGGAGUACAAGAGAAUGAAAGACCCGAAGCAAGGGAAGGAGAUAUUUGAAGAAAUAUUGAAGUAUGGUGAAAAUAAAACGUUAUCCAAGUAUUGGGAAGCGUUGAUCUUCUUGGAGAAGUGUCGCGAGCCUCCGGCCAACGAACGCCGUCUACGCGAAUUGCAUCGCCGUGCGCUGCGCAGUGUCACGGAUUAUCCACCUACCCUCGCCCAGCUGUGGACUGAUUUCGAACGGGAUUAUGGAGAGUUGCAUACUAUGCUUGAAUGCGUUGAGCUAUGUCAGACUAAACUUAAAGAAUGGCGCGACAACUAUCAAGCGAUGAAGGACAGGAUGACUGGUCAAAAGCAAAAGGGCAAACAAGCACUUAACAAAAAGGGAAAAGGAGAUAAGAAGAAAGGCAAAGAGACGAGAAAUAAAGGGAAGAGAAAAGCCGAUGAAAGUGCUGAAGGCAGUGAGGUUAAGAGGAAAAAGGAAGUAGAUAUGGAAGUGGAGGAAUGUGUGAGGGACAACGAUGGUGGUGGAGGGACGAAACGGCCGCAUGAAGUCGAUGACGAUAAUGAUGGUGGCGAAAAUAAACGGCAACGUAAAGACAGCACUAGUCCAGCGCGGCGGCACGGUACCCGCGAGUCUUGCACACUAUUUGUUAGCAACCUCGAUUUCAAAGUGGAUGAAGACAGUGUGCGUGAAAAGUUAUCAGAGUGGGGGAAAGUAGUGUCGAUGCGUGUGAAGUCCGGUGUAAAAGCGUUUGGAGGCUCUAUAUGCUACUGCCAGUAUGAAACUCCGGAAUCAGUAGAUGAAGCAAUAAAACACGACAGAACGCCAUUGAACGGCAGACCAAUGUUUCUCUCGCGUUAUUCGAUGAAGAAAGGCACGCCCACUUUCAAGUAUCCCACUGAAGUGGAGAGGAAUAAGCUAUUCGUCAAGAAUCUACCUUUCUCCCACUGUACGAGAGAAGCUCUCGCCGAUAUAUUUAAUAAGCACGGUGCUCUGAAGGACGUGCGGGUCGUUACUUUCAAGGAUGGAAAGCCAAAAGGUCUUGCGUAUAUAGAAUACGAGGAUGAGUCAUCUGCUAAUGCUGCUUUAGAGAAAACAAACGGGCUUCUCGUUGCCGACCGAAAGAUAGAUGUCGCUAUAAGCGCACCUCCGCCAAAGGACUCUGGAAAAAACGCAAGCCUAGGCCUGCCAAAACGAGACAGCGGUGGUGGAAUGCGAAGGACACAACUUAGCAGUUUCAUACCAAGCGUACUACAGAAGCCAUCGACGAGCACGGCUAACGGAAACCACUCAAAUGGCGACAAGCGACCACUUUCGAACACCGAUUUUAGAAAUUUACUGCUCAAAAAGUGA